GUUGCACAAGGCGGAAGUGUUUUUGGAGGAAAACGAGAAAACAACCAAGUGAGAGGGCAGAAGUCCUGUGCUAAAGUUGGAGGGCGAAAUUGUGGUGUGGCGUUCAGUAGUCGCUCGUUCCCCGUCUUGUCGAUGGCCAGCCGCAGUGGGACAGCAACCAGGCCUAAUGGCGCUGCAACAGCAAACAAAAUGUGUCAGUUUAAACUGGUGCUGCUUGGCGAGUCGGCAGUAGGAAAGUCCAGCCUGGUGCUGCGCUUUGUCAAGGGGCAGUUUCAUGAAUAUCAGGAGAGCACAAUUGGAGCUGCCUUUCUGACUCAAACGGUGUGUCUGGAUGAUGUCACUGUCAAAUUUGAGAUCUGGGACACCGCUGGACAGGAGCGCUACCACAGUCUGGCUCCUAUGUACUACCGUGGCGCACAGGCCGCCAUUGUAGUGUACGACAUCACUAACUCUGAUACUUUUGUAAGAGCAAAGAACUGGGUGAAGGAGCUGCAAAGACAAGCCAAUCCCAACAUCGUGAUUGCUCUGGCUGGCAACAAGGCCGACAUCGCAGACAAGAGAGCUGUUGAGCAUCAGGAGGCACAACAAUAUGCUGACGACAACAGCCUGCUUUUCUCAGAGACUUCAGCAAAGACUGCCAUGAAUGUCAAUGAAAUCUUUAUGGCUAUUGCAAAGAAACUUCCCACAAAUGAUCCCCAGGCUGGGACAGGAGCAAGUGGCCGCACCAGGCAUGGAGUGGAUCUUCAUGACACCCCUCCUCAGAAUCGCAGUAGCAGGUGCUGUGGCAGCAACAACUAGCACAGUACCGGGCGACACGUCUAGAAAGCGAGCCUUGAUCACUGUUCUAAGGACAACAUGUAGCUAAAGACAGGAAAGGGCAGAGCCACUCGCCAAUCCUGGGCUGAAACUGAAUUAAAGAUGAAACUAUCAGAGUCUACUUUUAUUAAAGAAACAUUGUUGAGGAACUCAUAAGCUAGAGGGAUCACCUUAAUCCCUCACUACUACUGUCCUCAGUCAUCACCCCAUUUCUCUGUCCGUGUCUUUUUUUUUUUUUUUUUUUUUUUUGAGGACAAACUUUUACUAUUGAUUGCAUGUGAAUAUUUAACUAUGAGAUAUAUAUUUUCUUACACAUGUCCAUAUUCACGAAUAGCCAUAUGUGUACCACUUUCUAUGUGUCGCCUUUCCACAUUUUAGCUGCAAACUACAGUACAUACUUGCAUCAUAAGUAUGUGUUGCCAAUUUGGACUAGAGUUUUUAACAAGGCUCUGUAUUCAGCUUUUGUUUUUCGGGCAGACCUGGCUUCAACUGUCUAUACCUCUGAAAAAUUUUUUAAACCAAUGCAAUUGUUUGCAUUUCUUUUGUAUCAAUAUCCAUAGCCUCAGAGCGCUGGAUGCCUCUUAGAAAGACAUGGAAAUAACUUGUAGAUCUGAAAUACAGUAAAAAAACAGUCAACUGUGUGUGCAUUUGUCCCGCUGUUUAGUUAUGGUGUGUUUGGGUUUUUUUUUCCCCAAGUACACGUUAACAAACGUACCAAAAAUCUAUUUUCAUAAAAGUGUGGUUCUUUGAAUAAAUAUUAAUGAUCAAAUGA